AUGGAUUCAAGGACCCCAUCAAGCAUGUUCCGAGACAAUGCAAAUCUGAAGUCUAUCAAACAAGAUCUAUCGAUCUUUGUCAGUGUUGGUGGCUGGGACUUCUCGGAUAAUGGCACUGCCACCCAGCCACUAUACGGUGAGAUUGCAGCUGACGCUGGAAAGAGGCAAACAUUUGCAAAUAACGUGGUUCAUUUCAUGAAGCAAUAUGGCUUUGAUGGUCUUGAUAUUGAUUGGGAAUAUCCAGGAGCUCCAGAUCGAGGUGGUAAACCAGAAGACACAGAGAACUUUGUUAAACUUCUACAGACUCUGCGACAGACAUUUGAUGCCAGUGGAAGCAAAUUUGGUCUUACAUUCACAGCACCCUCGUCAUACUGGUACCUUCGCUGGUGCGAUCUGAACAACCUGGUCAAAUAUGCUGACUGGAUUAAUUUGAUGAGUGUAAGUAUCCUAGGGUUUUGGUUACAGCCCUAA